AUGUUAAUCUAUGUAAUUCAUGGAAAGACAGGAUUAGUUAUCGGAUCAGUCACUCCUUGGGUCGAAAUAAUUUAUCUGAGAAAUGGAGCUAAAAAGGUAACAACUGUCGAUUACAACAAAAUAAUAAUAGAUCACCCUCAAAUUGAAUAUCUUAAUGCGAUGAAUUUAGCACUACAGUGGAAAAGACUUAACGAAUCUUUCGAUUUUAUUGCCCAAUUUUCGAGCAUAGAACAUAGCGGCCUCGGUCGUUACGGUGAUCCUUUAGAUCCAGUCGGAGAUAUUCGAGAGAUUCGCAAAAUUCAUUGCCUCCUUAAAAAAGAUGGAUUACUUUUCUUAGGCUUACCGAUUGGUAAAGUGGAUCGCGUAGUAUUCAAUGCUCAUCGAAUUUACGGACCUUUGCGAUUAGCCUUACUUUUUGAAGGAUUUCAAGUGCUUGACGUCUUUCGCGGCGACAAAAAAGUACCUUUCAGUUCAACAAUAUUCGAAGUGAAUGAAUCAUUGUCCAUUAUGGGCAAAAUUCAUUUCUUGUUUGUUCUGAAAAAAUAUGAUGGAAAAUGA